AGCGCGCAGCCCGGUGCAGCCCUGGCUUUCCCCUCGCCGCGCGCCCGCGCCCCCUUCAGCGUCCACAACCAGAAGCCCAGCGCGGCGCCCGGAGCCGCCUCUGCGCCCGCCCCGCUCCCCGGACCGCGACCCCGGCCGCCCCGCGAUGAUCGGGACCGGAGCCCUCCUGCGCGUCCUCUGGCUCCUGCUGGCUAUCGGCCACAGCACCCAUGGAACUGAAUGCAUCCCAUCCUGCGACCCCAUAAAUGGAUUCUGCAAGGGGGACAAGAACUGCAGGUGCGAGCCGGGCUGGCAGGGCCCCAUGUGUGACCAGUGCGUGACCUCUCUGGGCUGCGUGAACGGAUUCUGCGACAAGCCCUGGCAGUGUCUUUGCAAGCCUGGCUGGGAUGGCAAACUCUGCGAUAUAGAUGUCCGGCCUUGCGUCUCGACCCCGUGUGCCAACAACGGCACCUGCGUGAACCUGGACCACGGCGAGUACGAAUGUUCCUGCGCCCCCGGCUACUCGGGCAAGGACUGCGAGCGCAAGGACGGGCCGUGCGUGAUCAACGGCUCUCCCUGUCAGCACGGAGGCACCUGCGUGGAUGACGAGGGCCGGGCCUCCCACGCCUCCUGCCUGUGCCCCCCGGGCUUCUCGGGCAACUUCUGCGAGAUCGUGGCCAACAGCUGCACCCCCAACCCGUGCGAGAACGCCGGGGUCUGCACCGACAUCGGGGGCGACUUCCGCUGCCGCUGCCCCGCCGGCUUCGUGGACAAGACCUGCAGCCGCGCCGUGGCCCACUGCGCCAGCGGCCCGUGCCUCAACGGCGGCACCUGCCUGCAGCACACCCAGGUGAGCUUCGAGUGUCUGUGCAAGCCCCCGUUCGCGGGCCCCACCUGCGCCAAGAAGCGGGUGGCCACGCCCUCGCAGGUCACCCACCUGCCCAGCGGCUACGGGCUCACCUACCGCCUGACCCCCGGGGUGCACGAGCUGCCCGUCCAGCAGCCUGAGCACCGCAUCCUCAAGGUGUCCAUGAAGGAGCUCCACAAGAGCACCCCUCUCCUCACCGAGGGCCAGGCCAUCUGCUUCACCAUCCUGGGCGUGCUCACCAGCCUGGUGGUGCUGGGCACGGUGGGCAUCGUGUUCCUCAACAAGUGCGAGGCCUGGGUGGCCAACCUGCGCUACAACCACAUGCUGCGCCAGAAGAAGAACCUGCUGCUGCAGUACAGCGGCGGCGACGAGCUGGCCGUCAACAUCAUCUUCCCCGAGAAGGUGGAGGCCAGCGUCUUCAACAAGGAGGCUGGCGAGGAGGAGAUCUAA